CUCCCUGCGGGGCCGAAGGCUCUGCCACUUCCGAGGGAUCGUGCGAGGCGUUUACAGGCGCCGAGGAAGCAGUGGGCGGAGGGGCCGGGUCGGAUCCGGGCGUGCGCGGGGCGGGCGGGGCGAUGACGCGAGCGGGGGCGGCGGGAAGUGGCUCGGCUCUGCUCUGCUCUGGUCCGCGCCGCGCCGCGCCGCCCGCGUCGCAGAUCGGAGCGGUGCGACUUGGCGUGUGGACGCGCGGGUGUGGCAUGCGUGCUGGCGGGUGACAUGCGUGCUUACGUGUGCGUAGGUGCGGGCGGCCGCAGCCCGCCCUUCCGAGGGCGCACCAUGAAGGAGUACGAGGAGAUGCUGGCGCAGCUGCGCAAGGAGAACUUCAACCUCAAGCUGCGCUUGUACUUCCUGGAGGAGCGCGGCGGCGCGGUGGGCGACGGGAGCGGCGGGGAGGCCGGCGCGGCGGUGCGCGCGGAGCUGGAGCAGCUGCGGCGCGAGGCAGCCGAGAAGCAGCAACUGCUGUGCGAGGCGGCGCGCGCCGUCGAGCUGCUGGAGGAGCAGCACCACGAGCAGCUGCGCGCGGCGCGGGCGGCCGCGCACCAGGCGCAGGCGGAGGCGCAGCACGCGCGGGCGGCCGCCGCGGAACGCGCAGCGCGCCCGCCAGUAUUAAUCCUUUUGAGCAUGGACCAACUGGUUACAAUCAACAAGCGUGUAAAUGGCAUAUUUAUGAAUAAUUAUAUUUUAAAAGAAAUUAUGUUUGUAAUUCCUUUUGUUUUAUUUUAUGAUGCUAAUCAUAAUAAUUAA